AUGCAUUUAACUAGUUUAAGUCCAAAGCUUAGAUUAAUGAAAUCCCGUGUUUCCAACCACCUUGAAAGCAACGAGCUUCAUGAGAAGAAACUCAAAACGUUGAGAACAGUUCUUAAAAAGAUUAAACGCCUAUUGAUUACUAAGAAAGUCAACCCAUCGUCUAGUCACUUAGCUGAUAGUAGCUUUAACAACAGUACUACAGAUGGAAGCAUCAAACUAGCUUGUCAAUUUAAUGAUAGUAACUCUAGCUCUGGUAUUGUUGAAGCCGCUGAAAAUCAGUAUGAAGCGACUUUUCUUAAGGGGACUUUCCUUGAGCCAAUGAUUAAUAGCUCCAAGAGGGUUGGAGUAUCUGUAUCCCAGGAUAAAUGGUCGCCCAUCUGUUACUUGAGCACCAGUGAAACUAUCAAAGAUGUGGUAUUUCGCUCAAUCACUAAGUCCUCACGUUCUAGUGUUGAUUUCAGUUCAAGUGCUGAUGAGUUUAAAGGAGUAGUUUGUGACAACAUCAAACAAACUGGCCACUUGUUUGAUGAUGUUGGUUCACCUUGUGAUUUAAAGACCCUUGAAGUCAGUACCUCGACAUUGAAUACUAGUAAUAAACCAAGUCUUCAAAGUACUGUGUUUACACCUAAGUCUGAUGUACUGACCUUAGUUUCAGACAUAGAGUCUCCUUCAGACAUAGGGUCUCUCUCAGACAUAGAGUCUCAUAUUGACUUUUGUUUAGCACCAGUGAAAGAUUCCCUGAAGGUGAUGCUGAAUUCCUCAAUCAGUGGUUGCUCAAGUAAAUCUAAAGAACUGAAAAAGUCAAACACUACUAAGAAGUUCAUUAGCAAUUCAGACUCUUCCUCUUCUGUUGCUCACUCCAGGAAGCUUUCUGCUGCCAAGGCUGCUAUUGAUAUUGAAUCCGUAAGCAGCAACUCGGCACUCUUGAAGGAUACUACUAUUGGUAAGGAUAUGAUGACCCCAACCGCUACCAUUGGAAGGUCCUGGAAGAAGGCCACUGAAAAGAAAGAUAAGAGAGUUUCGAGUGCAACUUUGAAAAGUGAAAGCUCUGAUUCCCUUGAUAAAAUCCUUGAGGAUCGUCGGUUGGAAGAAGAACGCAUAUUUGAAACGAUCGUUCGAAUCAAGAAGCAAAACUCUAUUACUAACGAAAUGAUAUCCACACUUCAAGAUUACUUUAAAUGGGAAGCAAUCUGCAGUGCUCAAGAGAAAGAAGCUCAAUUGAUAACCCCCCCAGUUAUCAGGAAGCACGAGAAAAAGACUCUUCUGACUUUGAUGUAUUUGUUGCACGAACAGAUCAAAGACGCCCAUCUGUACAGAAGAUUAGGAGAAGUCAAGUCUAUCGAGCAGUACCUUGUAUUGUUGCCUUCUGACCUUCCUGAACUUCAUAGAGAAGUUUUCUAUAGGCUCGAGGAUUUCACAAAAGAACUCCUGGAUCGUUGGUACGAAUGCCAUAUUCCUAGUGAUAAAAAGGACUAUACCCUUGAAUUGUUAGAUUACUCCUACUGUUGCUUAGAAUGGUUCUAUGGUGUGAUCGAGACACUUGAAAGAACAGGGAACUUAGACCGAGACUUUGUAAGAGGUGACUCUUAUAUCAACAAACGUGACUACUAUACCGCAAAAACAAAGAUAAAGGCUUCUGGUCCAAACAAGAUAAUACGUUUCCCUGACGCUUAUACUUACAAGACUAAAUGA